AUGGAAUGCCCGUCUGAUGAGGUACCCGAUGAGAAAGGAGAGAAGAGUCAAACUGAAGUGGAGGACAUAUCCCGGAAGAACGGCGCCGGUGAGAUCUCCGAGCUUGCAGUGGUCGUGGAUGGCGAAGACAGAACAACCUGGUUCGUAUGGCUUCUCGUCUGCUGUACCAGCAUUUCGGGACUCUUGUUCGGCUAUGAUACCGGUGUAAUUUCUGGUGCUCUUGUGACCAUUGGGUCGGACCUGGGGCCUGCAGCAUUGUCAUCGGGACAGAAGGAACUUAUUACUUCGUCGACCACAUUGGGGGCACUGAUUGGCGGUCUUCUUGCAGGGAUACUGUCUGACUAUGUCGGUCGCCGACCUGUCCUGGCAGUAGCAGACGUUAUCUUUAUCGGCGGAGCUAUUGGACAAGCCGUCUGCCACACUGUAUGGUCUAUGAUUGGUGGCAGGUUUCUCAUUGGCUUCGGAGUUGGCCUCGCGUCUUGCGUCGCGCCACUCUACAUCCAGGAGCUCUCGCCUACCCGCCUGCGCGGGCGUAUGGUGGUACUUAACGUUGUUGCUAUCACCGGUGGACAAGUCAUCGCGUAUGGGAUCGACGCUGCAUUCGAAAACAUGCAUGGCGGUUGGCGGUGGAUGGUCGGGCUCGGCGCAGUCCCUGCCGCCGUUCAGUUCGUGUCCCUUUUCUUCCUGCCAGAGUCGCCGCGUAUCCUCGUUCUGCGCGGUAAAUAUGGCGCCGCGCACGUGGUUAUGUCCAGAAUCUACCCUUUCGCAAGCGCAGAGCAAGUCGAUCUGAAGGUGAAAGUGCUAGUCUCGGCUGUCAAGCAGAGCGUGGAGAUCACCAAAUCGACGAGUUUUUUGCAACGUUUCGCGUCUAUAGUCGUGAACCCAAUCAACCGUCGCGCCCUCAUCAUCGGCUGUGGUUUGCAAGCAUUUCAACAACUCUGCGGGUUUAACACUCUGAUGUAUUACAGUGCCACUCUGUUCAAAGAGAUAGGCUUUAAUCAGCCGACGGCCGUUGGCUUGAUAGUAUCGGGCACCAACUUCAUCUUCACACUGAUCGCGCUGAAGUACAUCGACAUCAUAGGCAGGCGGAAGAUCAUGAUCUUCUCUGCUCCCGGCAUGAUCUUUGGGCUUGUUCUCGCGAGUAUCUCGUUCCACUACCUCACAAUUAAAACGGGCGGCAAUCUCGUUGAUGGAACGCACUACCCGAGAGUGUGGGCUGCGCUGGUCUUACUGUCUAUGAUAUUCUACGUAGCGUCGUACGCGACUGGCCUCGGCAAUGUCCCCUGGCAGCAGGGCGAGCUUUUCGGUUUGGACGUUCGUGGCAUCGGCACAUCGCUCGCCACGACGACCAACUGGGCCGGUAACCUGCUCAUUGGUUCGACGUACCUUUCGCUCAUGGACAAGAUCACGCCGGCCGGCGCGUUCGGUUUCUACGCGGGGCUGUGCCUGCUGGGCUGGCUGUUCUGUCUAUUCUGCUUCCCAGAGACGGCAGGUCUGGGCUUGGAGGAGGUGCAGAUAAUCUUCCGGAACGGGUUCGGUGUCCGCGAGAGCGAGCGACUGCGCAGGGAGAAGCGGGCGAUCAUGCAGAGCGAGAAGGUGCAGAAGGUGUGA